CUCUUCUCAGGAAAACACUCUCUGAAAUAUUACUACACUGGUGUGUCUGGAAUCAUUGACUUCCCAGAGUUUACUGCGGUUGGUCUGGUUGAUGAUGAGCAGUUUAUGUAUUUUAACAGCAACUUAAUGAAACCUGUGGCAAAGACAGAGUGGAUCAGACAGAAUGAGGGAGCAGAUUACUGGGACAGACAAACUCAGAUUCUGAUUGGCAGCCAUCUGGUCUUCAGAAACAACAUCCAGAUAGCACAAGAAAGGUCUAACCAUUCAGCAGUCUCUCCUCAGGUGUCUCUGCUGCAGAAGUCUCCCUCAUCUCCAGUCACGUGUCAUGCUACAGGUUUUUACCCCAGUGGAGUAACAAUCACCUGGCAAAAAAAUGGACAAGAGCAUCAUGAGGAUGUGAAGAUUAGAGAACUUCUUCCCAAUGCGGAUGGAACCUUUCAGAAGACGAGCACCAUCACAGUUACACCUGAUGAGUGGAAGAACAACAAGUUCAUCUGUGUGGUGAAACACCAGGGCAAAAACAAGACAGCAAAUGAGAUCAGGACAAACGGUGGAGAUUCUGUUUCCAUUGGCAUUAUUGUUGGUGCUGUUGUUGCAGCUGUCAUCUUGUUAAUGGUCAUUGGUAUCGCUGGAUUUAAGGUGUAUCAGAAGAAAAAGAAAUUAGGUCCUAACACUUCAACUGUUGACAGUGCCACUAGUUUACUUUCUUAA